AGGAGUAUUAGUAGAAGAGCUGCAGCUUGUGCUGUGCCGCAUUCGAGCCUCGAGCCUCCUCAGACCUCUCCUGGGACUUGGCUUCACUUUCUGACCUCACAAACAAGCUGACCUGAGACCGGUUUGAAUGUCUCGUUUGUUCCACUUUUGUCUCCUGCGUUGACUGAUCUCGUCACGUGAAUCUGAGCCGAGCAAUCAGGUAGUGUUGCUGAGGAGAGCGAUGGCGUCCAAUGCGAGUCAACCUACGGGUUGCGGUCCGGAAGUGUCGUCCCUCUACUUCAAGCUGUGCGACCUGGAGGCGGCGUGGGGCGUUGUUCUGGAGGCCUUGGCGUCGGCCGGCGCGGUCGUCAGCCUGGUUCUGUUCAUGGUGCUGCUCGCCAACGUGCCCUUCAUGAGGGACCGCAACCGCAGGAACGCGGUGGGCCUGCACGCCAUCUUCCUGGUGUGCGCGUCCGGCCUCUUCGGCCUGACCUUUGCCUUCAUCGUGGGGAAGAACUUUUCCACCUGCGCGUCGCGCCGCUUCCUGUUCGGCGUUCUCUUCGCCGGCUGUUUCUCGUGCCUCCUGGUUCAAGCCGUACGGCUCAAUGCCCUCGCCAGGACCAACCGCGCC